AUGGUCACAGCCUGUGCGAUAACUCUGAAAGAUUGUAAUAUCAUUGACGUUGAAUGCUUUGCUUUGCAUAGAUUUUGUUGGGAGGGCACUAUCAUUUGGAAUGUAGUUUUGUCCCGAAAUGGCUCAACUAUGCCAACGAUGAAGAAUCCAACGAGUGGCAUUGUGUCCAGCCAUGGACAACUUACCAUGGAGGUAUUGAACCAUGCAGUUAUUCAAUGGGGGAGGGUUCAAGAACAGAAUGCAGAAGUCACUUCAGAAGUCCCUUCUCCCUUCAAGCAUGAAUCUUAUUACAAAAAGCUCUUUAGUCUUUGUGGCAUGACUUGUGCGAGAGCUCAGCUUGACAGCAAGCUCUUCCAUUCCGACUACACCAAAAAGGGUUGGUUUGAGGUAGAUCCUAGGCGAAUUGUUUUAAAAUGA